CCCGCCCCUGACGACGCGGGCCCCGCCCCCUGGAGACAGGCCGCCAUGGAGCCGGGAACCCGUGGCUAGCGGGCGGCUGGUCGAGGGCAGGGCCGGGCCGGGGGCCGGGGGCCGGGGGCGGGUUCCGGGAGGCCCUCCACCAUGAAGCUGACUCGGAAGAUGGUCCUGUCCCGGGCCAAGGCCUCGGAGCUGCACAGCGUGCGGAAGCUCAACUGCUGGGGCAGCCGCCUCACAGAUGUCUCCAUCUGCCGGGAAAUGCCCAGCCUGGAAGUGAUCACCCUCAGCGUCAACAGCGUGUCCACCCUGGAGCCCGUGAGCCGCUGCCAGCAGCUGAGUGAGCUGUACCUGCGGAGGAACCGCAUCCCCAGCCUGGCGGAGCUCUACUACCUGAAGGGCCUGCCGCGCCUGCGUGUGCUGUGGCUGGCGGAGAACCCGUGCUGCGGGUCCGACCCACACCUCUACCGCAUGACCGUCCUGCGUAACCUGCCGCACCUGCAGAAGCUGGACAACCAGAGUAGCGGUGAGACCGAGGAGGAGCUGUCCCGAGCGUUGCUGGAGGGAGAGGAGGUCACGGCCCCCGGCGGAGAGGGAGCAGGGAACGGCCGGACCGAGCUGUCCUACGGCCUGAGCGCCCUGAACUCCGCUGCUGAGAUCCAGCGGGACGCGCUCAGCUGUGGCGAGGAGGAGGCCAGUGUCCAGGGCCAGCUCAGCCCGAAGCCCCCUUCCCGGGACCCGUUCCCCUCCUUCUCACAGAGGGAAGCCGUGAGCGGUCGCAGGAACAGGAACAAUGUCCUGACCGCCAUCCUGCUGCUGCUGCGGGAGCUGGACGCCGAGGGGCUGGAGGCCGUGCACCAGACCGUGGUCAGCCGGCUCCAGGCUCUGCACAAGCAGGAGCCGCAAGAGGACGUGGAAUGACGGUCAGCCGGGACCCGAGCCGCCAGGCCUUCCUCCCAGGACCCUGUGCCUCAGCAUCUGGGAGGUGUGGGGUCCACAGCCACGGCCUCCACUGCAUCCUGAGUGUCCGCAUGCGGGCUGUGUCCCCAGAAGCUCAGCCCCGCCUGGGAAGGCCACGCCCCAGGUGUAGCAGGCGGGAAGGGCGCCGGGCACUGCGCCGGGCACGCUCCGCCGUGCGGGGCCCAGGCGUGUGCCGCCUGCCUCGCCUCGCCUCGCCUCACCUCUUCUCAGGUGGCGUUGCAGCCACUGUCCCUAAUAAACAGCUUCCCCAAGUCCAGUCUGGAAGCAGACGUUUCCUAGGAGACGGACGUAGCCUUGACGUUGUUUUGAAGCUAAGGGCCACGUGCACGUGCAUUUCCCCUGUCGGCUCUCCCACCGGGUCGGGAGUAGAUUCCGCCCAGGAUGGUGCCGUCCUCGAAGCAGCAGCAGCUCCGGGCUCCGCCUCAGCCUCGGCAGACCCACGCGGCCGUGCCCACCGCUGCCCACGUGUUUGGCAGGGUGCAGGGGUCUUGUACGCCAUGCCGGGGGGAGGCCGGGGGUGGGCAGGCCCGCGCUCCUGUCUGGAGACUCAGGUACAGAAGUAGGACAGGCAGCGGGGCCGGGGAGGAUGCCCGGAAACCCCAUCUAAAACGUGUUCUCCCGUGGGCAGAGCCACAGGCCUUGCCGUGGUGCACAGGCCCCGAGUGGUAGUGUUGCAAUCCGGGGCCCUUCCUCCUGCCCCCCAGCAGCUCCGGGGACCGGGGAGGAGCGUGGCCUCUGAGCCAUUAGUCUUACUGGUGCUGAAACGGUGGGACCGGAGAGGGGGGUUCCCUCCGCCUUGGCUCCCAUUAGUGUCUGUGUCGCCGUGCAAGCGAAGGGGUGGGACUUCACCCACUGUGUGCGAGAACCCAGAUGGGGUGACUGCCGGGGAGACCGUGGCAGGCCGCGCUCGCACUGGCCCGGCCACACUGGGCGGGUGGUGGAUAUCGGGUGUCGUGGCUCCUCGGGACCUGGGGGGCGGAAGCAAGGGGUCGCCACGUGGGGGUAUCCGGAAGGGUGGCCGCAGGGUCCGCGCGUGCCUUCUGUUGUACAUCUGGAUGGUUGUCACACUCAAUAAAGCGUUGUCUUUUUUAGAGCCA